CAGCUGAUGUCAAAUAAUUCGUCAUUAUUCUGUAAUUCGACUCGAUUCGUUUGUUUCUUGUUGUGAUCAGUAAAUGUUUCUAAAAUAUUUUAAAAUAAUGAAAUCUAUGUCAUUCAAACACAAACCAAUAUACAGUGAGACCUAAGAACCACAACAAAUUAUACUUGAAAUAAUAAAGUUGCGGUAAUUCGCUACACAAUGUUUUCGAACAUUUUAUGUUCCUAUUAAAAUUUGUUGAAAAUUAUUGAUGUAUGACAAUGAACAGCAAAAUUUUGAAUACAUUAGUUAAUGCUAUAGAUAACAAAGAAGAUGUUAGAAAAAGGAUUGAAAAUGGCAAACAAACAUUGCAAGAACUACUGAACUGUGUACAAAAUUCUCAAAAUCGUUUUGGAGGCAAAUCUGAACUGGCUACUGAGGAUGAUAUAAGAAUAACUCUUCUUUGUGAUAAGUGGGAAAAAGUUCUGAGUCAUGGCAUCCGGACCAACUUGUCCAACUCUGCACUGCAGACAUUGGUCACAGCAGGGUUAAACUUCACAUUCAACAUUGUAAAUAUUGGAAAUUCACUAUGGAGUUAUACAUGCCUACAUUUGACAAAACAUGAGAAGGAGAGAUUCAAAAUAUUGACAAACAUCAACACACCACUGGGAUAUUUUAGAGCUUUCUUACGUGCUGCUUUGAAUGAAAGAUCUUUAGAGAGAUACCUUCAUAGCUGGAUUACUCAUGGUCUUCUAAUGGAGUAUUAUGAAGAAGGGUCAUUAGUAAGGGACCCUGAAUCAUCUAAUUUACUUCCAAAUAUGGCAGCAGGGUUAUCAUCCAUAUUGUUCGCGCUAUCAAUCGACAGGGCCGAAUUGAAUGACACGCAGCACGCCAGCCAAAUCAAUAAAGCGGAACCAGUUAUACCAUUACCGACGCCAGUAAGGUCUAGUAAUUUAAAAAGGAAACCAUUGAGACAAGUCAUAUCAUUUGAUAAAAAUGAACAAACUAAUAAACCAAAACAAAGAAUUGAGCCUAUACCACCACAAGGCGACAGAUCUAGUUGGAAUAGCGCGCCUGCCACUUGCCUAAAUUCGCCUGACCCUAAAGUGGUACAAGUCGCUUCCAGCAGUGAACCGACCAGUACCGAGUACAAAAGUAGCAUACGGCACUUUUUCCCUGAAAGUGUGAAAGGGAUAGAUAGCCCAUCACAGAUUCUCUCCAGGUUAUCUGAAUGCGCCAAAGAAAUAUUCACAUCAUCUAAUAGUAUAGACACGAAUAACGUUAUAAGAGACGAUGUUUCGGAACUAAGUAUAAAUAAUAUGAAAAUAUCAGAGAGUGACAGUGAGGAGGUUGCUGGCAGUAUAAAUGGCAGCACGUCGUGUCUCGAACUUUGCUUUACUGAAGAUGAAAGUGUACCUGAAGAUAAACAUGUUAAUACUUUAUAUGGAAUGAAAGAAAAGGAGUAUUUAAAUUUACAGUUGAAAUGUAGUCAGAUCGAAAUAGCUAGUAAGGAGAAGAUACAGAAAUUAGAAAAAGUAGUAAUGGAUUUAAGCAAAGAAAAUGACAGAUUAAAAGAUCAACUGAGACAGUAUAUGUCGGCUGUGGAACUGGGUAUAGCUUUAAAAAAUGGUGAAAGUGAGAACGAAGAAGUGAGUCAGUAUGAAAAGAAGCUAGUGCAGGUAGCAGAAAUGCAUGCAGAGCUUAUGGAGUUUAACCAGCACCUCCAGAGGCGACUCCGGGAGCUGGAGGAGACGUCGUGCGAAAUCCUGGAUUACCCAGAGUCCAACGUCAAAGUUCACAUUCCCAGUGCGUUCCUUGUGGGAAAGAAAACGCAUUCCUAUCACGUAUACCAGAUCUUUUUAAAGCUUGGCCAAGAAGAAUGGAACGUGUAUCACAGAUAUGCAAAAUUCCACGAAUUGCACACACAACUGAAAAAAUGUCAUCCAGAUAUAGCAACUUACAAAUUUCCACCAAAGAAAACUUUAAGGAAGCGAGACGCGCACGUGGUGGAGUGUCGGCGCGUGGCUCUACAGGCGUACCUCCGCCACGUGCUGCUCGUGCUGCCCGAGCUGCGACAGUGCACCAGCCGAGCGCACCUCGUCACUCUGCUGCCGUUCUUCGGCAUAUCAUCAACAAGAGAAAACGGUUUAAAUCACACACUUGACCGCCAACAGUCGACGGAAUCUGUUUCCACUUACGAUGGUAUAUAAGACCGCGUUAGGGUGAGUAAUCUGGAGUAUAGUCUAAAAAAAUAUGGCAAGCAUUACAUAUUAUGCGAUAGACAAUUGUUUGGGAUAAGUUCGAAAGAGUUUUCAAACACAAUUGGUAUUACAUUAAUUAGCUUCGAAACAUAAUUAGGAAUAAUAUUUCUGUAUGACAUAAUGCAAUGAACUAAUAAUUCUGUAAUUAUUUAGUCCUGUUUUCAAAAAGCCCGAGUAAAAUAAGUACUACAUAAUAAUAGUUACUGAUAUUUACAACGUAAGAAACGUAUACAUAGGUUAAUAAUUUCCAGUUUCAUACAUUUUUUAAAAUAUUUGUAGUGCACGGUAUUUUAUAUUCGAAACUAAAGUCGUAAUUAGAUGGAAUCACAGUAUCGCAAAUAACAGGGUUAUCCAGUUAUUUAGCAAAGCUGAUAUUAUAAUAUGUAAAUGAUACCUAACUCAUCAUCAAGUUAUCAAAUAUAUUUUAGAACAGCAUGCUAUUUAGUAAUGAUAGUCUUACUAAUAAAGAACAGAGUUUAAUUAUUGUUUUCACUUUUUGGUUUGUAUAUAUAUUGUAACAAAAGCGAAUAGAUUGUAUGGAUUUUGGUCUUAAGUAAGUGCAUAUUUUUGUAAUUUUAUAAGAGUACCAAAUGUUGUAAAUACAAAGAAUUAUUAUUUACACGGGUAAAUAAAAAUUCUUUGUAUAGUUUUCCGCCACGAGGCGGUAAUUUUUAACAUAGUGUAGAUGAUUUAAUGUGCAUAAAAGUUAAUUUAUAUUUUGUUGUUAAUGCAAUAACAAUAUGGUUCAGUUAUAUAAACGCUGAUAUAGGAAUGAAUUAAAGCCGUAGCUUACUAGUUAAAGCUAUAUUCGAAUUCUGGAAGAGAACUAUUACUUGAUAAUCUUACUCUUAUCUUUGCUUAUCAUUCUGUACUUCUCCUUAUUAAAAUAUAGGUUAUAAAUGCAAUUUGUAUAAAGUAUCAAAGAUAAAUUAAUAAUGAUAACCUAACGUAUUAUCUAUAUUUUUUCCGUGGGUGGGUACAAUAUUAUUAUUGACUCUGUGAUAUACAAUGCAAAAUAUUACAAUAAUCACUUUUAUACUUAUAAAUAUAAAAUGAUGAUGUUAUCGUCAGUGAAAACGACCUCUCGACGACACGGUAAUAAGUAUAGGAUUGAGAUAUUAUAAUUUAUUAUAACCCACAAAAUUAUGCUAAUCAAUCAGUUUAAAAAUAUUAUUAUUUGAUGGUGUCACGUUUUUGAGGCCUUCCAAUCUAUUUUUUUUAUUCCUUACCUUUUCCAAGACUGACUAUUAGUCAGUCAGUCUUAAAUAAUAAUUAUAAGAUAUUAAUUUAUGUAUUACUUAUUAUCCUAGAAAAUACUACUACUCCUACUUUUAAUGUAAAUUAUCUCCAAUUCGUCCUAUUGCUUUUUUGCUUGUUGUAAACAUAACAUGAAAGUUCAUAGACUCGUUUUUAGACUUAUCUCGAUUCUUGGGAUAAAAGUAAGUUCAGUAGACCAAGAGAUUAGGAAAAUACACUAUGUAUAUGUAUGCAAAUGGUCUGUGUUAUCAUUACUUAUUAUAAAACAUGAUAAAAUAAGUUUAACUUGAUUCGCAUCUAAACGAGAGAUCGAAUAAUCGAAUUUGCCUCAGACCAUUGACCAGGUAAAAUAAUGCAAUUACUAUGUGAUAAUAAAAUAUAUUUAAAGUAGUUUUUAAUUGUAAAUUAUAUUAAAAACCAGCGAAGCUAUCUUGCUUACGACCCACGCAACUUCAAGUGGGUUACUAUGACCUCUUAAGUCCAUUGGUUUACUGAGCGCCAUUGCUAAUCAAUAACAAAACUGAAUCUAUAAUACGGUCAUAGUACUGAUUAGCAAUGCAACUUGGUAAACCAGGUCAUGAUAGGAACUCGGUAGGUAUAGAUUUUUCAUUUAUGUUCUACAAAAUAAAUGUUUAAAAAAGUACCUAAUCCUAGAAUUAUGUAUUUAUUUUGAUUGUUUUUUCAAAAGAUUUUUGUUAUCAUUUUUAAAAUUUUAAGUCAUAUCGUGAAAGAAGCUUUAGACCGUUUAUAUCAAUCACAUUACUUAAUACAAAGAAAUUCAAGUAUUAAAACAUGAAACCCUACCUCUACUCUAUACAUUGAUAUAUACUAUAAAACAUUUAAGUUUUAUUUAUUUUACAUAGAUUAACUAAUAAUUUAUGUUAAAAACAUAUGUAUAUUAUGAUAUUAAGAAAUAAAAAUGUUAUUUAGAU